AUGGAUAUCAUUUCGAAAAAGAUGAAAGGUAGGCUUGAUACACCCCUAAAUUUGACGACUUACCUUUUAAAUCAAUAUUAUCUUUAUAAGAAUCCGGAGAUCCAAAAUGAUAUUGAUGUGACCGAUGCGAUUGUUGAUUUUGUUGAUACAAUAUAUCCGGGAGAUCAUUCUUUGCAAAACCAUAUCGUGAUGGUUGAGUUGCCGGUUUACAUGGGUAAACAAGAAAAAUCUAGUCGAGAAAUUGCAAUUAAAGGAUGUGAGGUAGCUUAUGGUGCCUCAACUCCACAAUUGAGAAAGAUUGCUACAAUGAUACUUUCUUUAACAACUAGUUCUUUGGAGUGUGAAAGAAAUUGGAGCAUUUUUGAAGGGGUACAUACAAAGAAAAUAAACAGAUUAGAGACAUCUAAAUUGAAUAAUCUUGUUUUUGUUCAAUAUAAUGCAAAUUUGAUGGAAAAUAACAAGAAAAGGAAGACUAAGGAUAUGGAAGUACUUUUAGCAAAAGAUGCAAGUGAGGCUCAAGAAUGGAUUGUCGAAAAUGAUGUAUUGUUGGAUGAAGUUGAGCCCGAUGAAGCUAUGGGUGACGAGUUUUUUCAAAAUCGUAGAAGUUCUAGAUUGAGAGAACUUGAUGUGGAAGAAUUUGUGUCGGAGGAUGAGGAAGAACUAAAUGAAGAUGUUGAAUAUGAAUCGGAUGGAGUUAACAUCAACAAACAAAUCGGAGCUACAUUGGAAGAGGAAGAUUAA